CUGUCAAAAAGCACGUUGUGUGUGUACAUGUACAGUGUUCGCUGCGGUGCAAUGUGCUUUGAUUUUUAAGUAGUUUCAAUUUUACCGAAAAAGUUAAGCAAAGUGACUAACCUACGAUGGGUACGUCUUUAAGCGAACAACUACAACGUUUAGCGGUCCCGCAAACCUCAACAUUAGUGGAAAGCAAAAAGACAGCAUCGAUUUUGUACGAUGUAAAGAAAGCAGCUGAAAUAGAUCGUCAGACAAUUUUCGAUCUGAGCAAAAGUGGACUAGAGGAACUGAUCCUAUCGAAUUCCGUGUUCCGGCAAUUCCAACACACUCUGUUCGACGACAGUACAAUCAAUUUCGAGCGGUCCGUGGAAACGGGACAUGUGAACGAAACUCUCGACAAAAACAUUCGGAAGUUUCUGUUUCACUUGUCACCAUAUUUUUUAAUCCGAGCCGCACAUAAUUGCCUGGAAUGGUUGAUUCGGAGGCAUCGUAUUCACGAGUACAAUGUGGACGAUUUGAUGGCACUUAUUCUGCCGUAUCACGAAACAAAUAUAUUCGUGAAGUGUUUACAAACAAUGUCGUUGGGGAAAAGGAGUCGUUGGCAUUGGAUGAAACCGAUUCAAAAGCCUGGUGUGCAAUUAUCAAAACAAACAAUCAUUAACCGAGCUGCAACGGAUCCAGCACUUUUGCAGUUUAUUUCAAAAACAAUAUUAGAUGCUGUCAAUGAACUCAAUGCAAACGGUAGAGCACGCACAUUACAAGCCUGGUUCGCAUUCUAUUCAAGUGUCACUUUGGGAGCACUAAGCGCUGCGAAUGAAGUGACCGACUCCCACGUUUCCAAUAUUUCCAGGACACUGUUGAAAGGGAUGUCGUCAGAUGUUAUUGACUUUCGUGCAGCAUCGAUGAUCAUUACAGCCUUUCUGAUGACCAAAAUCAAAUUUGUGGACAUUUUUUUGAAGAAAAUCAUCGGAAAGGUGACGGAUAACCUGUACCGUACAGAAUUGAGAAAAGAUUCGGUAGUUUUGCUGACAAUAAUUUGUCAUACACAAGAUGACAUCAAUGAAGCGGCUGUCGAAACAUUUUUGUCCAAAAUGAUGGACAACCCAACAUUGAUAACGGCAGUCAUUGGCAGCCUUUAUCAAGACAACGUUAAUGUAAUGCCGCUUUGUCUUCCUCUAAUUACCAAAUGCUUGGGUCAUGUUGUCGACAAAAAGAAGGCCAAUGGAUACCGCAGAUUCAUGGAAUCGUUGUUCACGGAACUGGCGCUGAACGAUGUCGAUGCGAAUACCGUCAUCAGAUGCUUUUUACAUGCCUUAAAGCGUACACCGAAACCACAGUCGGAUAUUAUCGACCUGAAUUCGGACGACGAUGACGAUGGCGACGUCAAUAUGGAAAAUGGUAAAUCGGACGAAAGUAAUUGGCAUUCGAGUCUAAUGAGAAUGUUAGAGACGCGAUAUCCAGAGGUGUUCGAUGCGAUGAAGACGGAAAUUAUGUCUGGUCAGGAUGAGGAAUCCUGUUCAUUGAAAAUUGUUCUUGGCGCACUUUUAUGCAGCACAUACAAUGCUGAUCCGUCAGGCGCAUCAAUUUUCAUCGAUUUAUAUCAUCCGAGUGCACAAAAUCGAAUGAAUGCCGUGGAGAAUUUGGUGAAAAUGAACAAGCUGUCAACGAUGCCAUUUUCUGACGACAAGAAAAAUCUGCUGGUUGCCGGCAUUGCCGAACGUCUGUCUGAUGAUUAUCCGGAUGUUGUGAACGAAGUGCUUAAAUUCAAAACUGAAGAUCUUAUCAAAAUUGUCGGUGAGCAGAAUUUGAUUAAAAAGCUGAAACUCAUCAUCGGCAGUCAAUUUAUGUGCCGAAAAGAGUGGCAACAACCAAUCGGUUCAGCCAUCAAGCACAUUACGUCGAAACAUCUAUUAUCGAAUGAGAAUGAAAUGGAAAUAUUUCUGGCUGUUUGGCCGUUCAUGUUCCCGAUGAACGAAAUCAGUUUCUACCACACGAAAGCUAUAACGAAAUCUUCGAUUGCCAGCCGAUUUCCGAUACUUAAGCAGUUGCAAGACUUGAAGUGCAAUGUCGGAAAUCGAAUGGAAUGCGUCAAUAAGCGGCUAGAAAAUUCGUUUGACAAGUCAAAAAUCAACGAAAUCAUUCAAUUUGCUAAAGCCAUUCCUGACGUUGAAAUGACAAAGUUGUCGGCUUUCCAUAUCAUCAAUUUGUUGACGUAUGUGCUGCCUAAAAACAGUGACCACAACUUGUCCAAAGACGUGUUCGACAUAGCAAUGAAAUGUGAAGCUCAAUUCGAAUUGAAACCAAUCGACAUCGAUCAAUACGCACAGGAAUUGUACAGUAAAAAUCAACCGGAAAAACUGCCCACUCAAUUGCUCAUAGGCUGCAUUCAAACCAUCAUUAAAAAAACCAACUUUUCAACGUUCUUGAACUCGAAUAUCAUCGAUUUCACAGACAGCACGGACAUGUUAGUCCUGAUACUAAAACUACAUGGGUACAUUGGCAACGGACUAUUUUCCAAAUCCAAAAGAGCGACCAGUUUGUUCAACCAAACUAUGGCACAAUUCAUACGUUUUGUGCUACCAGACGCAGACAAAAAACUGGAUUUCUAUUCGAACUUUUACAUUGCGCACUAUAUCGAACAACAAACACCGUCAUCGCUUCGCAUCAGCCCGGAAUUGCAGCUACGCUCCAUGAUGUUAUUCAAUGAAAUGCUGGCACACAUGGACACCUUGAACGAUAUCAAGAUGGAAGUAUUCGUUCGAAUAGUUAGCGGAUUGACUUCACCAUUCGAAGCCGUACGAGUGUCAGCUGGCAAUACGAUCGAGAGGUUGUACGGAUUAUUGGCUGACUCGUCAGAAUAUUUUAAAUUUUUUGGAUUGAUUCUGAAAGAGAAGGAAAAGCUUUCCAUGAGACCAGAGGAAUUGUCGCUGCUUUUGUGUCACAUUAAAUACCAACGCGCUCAACUAUUUGAAUUUACUAAACAACCCAACACCGCAAUGAUACUAAAGGCUGCUUUGCUGGAUAUGCUACAACAUGUCAACGAUGACAAACACGACACAAAAUACUUGAAAAUUGCCGUGGAAGUGGCUCUAGGCAUUCUCAGCAAAUAUGACUGUUCCCGGCAAGUAGUUUUAAAUCCACACGAAUCCAUAGUCGUUUACCAGACAAUUAUUCGCUUGAACCACACAACACUGGCAUCGAUUUAUGCGAAUCAAAAUUGCCUGAAAUUUUUCGAAACAGUGCUCCAGCAGAGUAAUCUGUUCGUUCGAAUUGAUAAUAAGCCGCAGUCUAUUUCUGUGCAUGCGAUGAACUUGAAUUUAUUCAAUGACUUCAAGAAGCUCACCGUCAAACAACAAAAGUCCAUCAUCAACUCAAUUGUCGAGUCGGCUACAUUUUCCAAGAGCAACGACGUUCGUAAGAGGGCAAGUAAAUUUUUCCGUAAAUCCAUUGAAUUGGACGGUCAACUUGAAUUGGAUAUUUUAACGAAAAUGGCAAAAAUAGCAUCAAUUGACGUCACCAAAAAGGAACGAACCGAGUAUCUGUCUACAGAGCUGCUACAAAUGUCGGAAUGGCGACGAGGCGUAACACUGUUGGAAUUUCUCCACAAGAAACGACUAACACAUCCACUCCAUCUGAUUCGCCAAAUGUUCCCAGUUCUGCAAAAGUGCCUCAAAUUCGAUGACCAGUCAAUGGUUGAAUACACAAAACAAUUGCUGUUGAAUGCCAUUUUAAACUGUUGUAUGCUGAUGCCUGCGGACGAACGGUUCCUGGAAAAUGAUUUCAAAAUCGAUCUAGUCGUGCAAUGUGUUCGCGGUACGCAAAAUCCACAGACUCACCACCAUGCCUUGGAACUGCUCACCAAGCUAGCAACAAUGAUACCCGACGCUGUUCUCCACCAAAUUAUGGAAAUUUUCACAUUUGUUGGAGAUGCAGUGGUUCGACGCGACGACAACUACAUUUAUCUGCUCAUUUCGAAUGUCAUCAAGUCUGUGGUGCCGAUACUGAAGCAGAAUAACAUCAUACAAGUGUUGAAAGCAUUCAGUGACAUAAUAUUAGACGUUCCAGCGCAUCGUCGAUCGGCUUUGUAUGAAGAUUUGAUCAACACUCUUGGUGCUGAGAAGUAUUUGUGGAUGUUUUUGGCCCUUGUUUUCGAACAGGACGUUCGAGAGACGGACGACCAGAAAAAGCUGUUGAGAAAAACCGUCAUUGCCGUAGAAAUAGCAAACUUAUUUGAUUGUGACAUCAUUCUACGUACGUGCUAUCAACUAAUUGUCUACCUACAAAAUCAGCUCAGCGCUGUAGACAAACACGCACGAGCCUCUGCUCACUUUAAACAAAUUUUCGAUGUCACAGUCUACGAUAAGAAGAGAGUCCUUCAGUAUAUCAAUCAGAUACUAAAAUUCGUCAACGUAUUAACAUUGGAGAGAUCCGAGUUUUCCGCCAAAAUGGCAAUGCUGGACAAGCAGACACUGCUUCAACAUAAGAAAACAUUUAAAAACAUAAUUCCGGCUAUUUUGACGUAUAUCAAAGCAUCAACACAGUCGAGCCUCCGAUAUACUGACAAAACUUGGAAUGAUGGCCUCAGUGCCUGCUAUCAUAUUCUCGACCAUCUGUUGGACUUACUUUAUCCGGACAUGCUGUUACAGGUGGUUGAGACAUUGCUGAGCGAAGAGAAUGAGGUGGAAGUUCGUCGUAAGAUCAUCGAUUUGUUAAACAAAAAAUUGGAUUCGCCCGAACAAUUUGCUGAUUGUCAACAGUCGAUCUUGGCGUUGUUGGAUCCAUUGUCCAAGAUCGUUAAUUCUAUCCCCGAAGCGCCGAAAAAUUCAUCACUUCCAGAAGACGCUUUGGUUGCUAUCCAAUUGUUGUCCAAAAUUGUAGCCAAAGAUAAUCCAAAUGAAUUUGACGGACUGCUCAAAACGCUGUCCAAGAUCCUCCAAUCUUAUACGGAGUUAUCGUUCCGUUUGCGUGCAUAUUUAAUUCAGUGUUUGGGUGAAUUAUGCGCAAAUCUCCGAGUGCACAGCCUGUCGCAUCUACAUCGUUUUAUGCCUGCCAUUAAGGACGUAUUGAACGACCUUCUAGCACAUAAAAUCGAUGUCACGUCUCCGGCUUUCGAAAUCAUUCUCAAAGCAAUUUACCGAAUUGUUGAAACAGUGCCGAAGUUCUUGACUCCAUACCUGGUCAAUUUGAUUACCAGCCUGUCGGUGCUGUGGGCUCGCUUGCAAAGCACAUCGUCCAAUGAUUCGCAAAAGAAUUUGUUGAUAUUGGACAAAAUCUGGCAAACACUGGCAUCAUCACUUGAGCUUCGCGUGCUGAUUCCGAUGGUUGAAAAGCACAUCUAUCCCGAUUUGUUGACGCAGGGAAAGUUUAGUGCAACCGGGCCGUUAAUGGUCUUACUAUUGGACAGUUUUGGGCAUUCGGAACAAGCAGACCUAAUGCAAAAUUGCCAGGACCUGACGACAUUUUUCCUUACUGUAAUGGACUUCCGUUCACAAUUCCAUCGUGAAUGUGACACCGUUGAUGUGCAGGAGGAUUUCUUUAUCAAAACUCUGAUCGGAUUUAUUUUGAAGUUGUCCGAGGGCUCGUUCCGGCCAUUUUACUACAAAUUAAUUGAAUGGUCGAAGGAUACUGCUGACAAGUCUUUCGAUCGAGCUAUAACAUUUUAUCGAUUGUCCAGUAAAGUAGCCGAAUCGCUGAAGUCAUUGUUCAUUACCUUUGCCUCGCCCAUCGUUCAACAUGCGGCCGAUUUGCUGAAGAAGAAAUACACAAAAGCAGAAAUUAAGGCAUCGUCAUCGUCGCCAGCUACUCUCAUCUACAAUGUACUUGCAACGCUGCAAACCAUAUUUUUGUACGGCAAUCGCCAGUUCAUCAAUUCUCAACGCUUCAAUAUGUUGAUGGAACCGCUGGUUGAUCUAUUGGACCAGGAACAAUAUCUGGCAGACGAAAAUAUCACCAAAAUUUUGACAAAAUGUUACGCACAAUUUGCCAUAGAAGCGAAUAACGAUCUGCUGUGGAAGCAACUGAACCAACAGAUUUUAAAGAAAACCAGAAGCAGCAGUGUCGUAGUCAGACGAUGGGCCCUUCUUUGCUCCACCGAAGUUGUAACUCAAUUGGGUGAAGAUGCUACACAACUGUAUCAGGAAAUGAUUCCUUUCUUCUCGGAAUUAUUGGAAGAUGAUGACACUGACAUCCAGAAAUUAUGCAGUAGAUGCAUAACAGAGAUUGAAAGAAGCACGGGUGAAGACCUGAAGAAACAUUUGUAAUGUAGACUGCCGAAUUGAAAUAAAUUGAAGAAUUUUUCAUCAUGUUACAA